UCUAUACUGGCUCCUUCUGACGACUGCUGUCGGUUCACUUUGCAUUCCCGCAUCGACACACUUUUGGUAAAAUCGCUCAUUGGUAUUUCUCUUUGGCUACUCACUUCUCGUCGGCAUCACCCGGUCAUUUACCACUGCUCCUCCCAAUGGCCGAGUCCUACUCGACAGACCCUGAAUGGGCCGAUAUCCAACCCAUCGAACUGGAUGAUGGCGCGGACUCUGGAUCUAUGCCGCUGGCGACGAUCGCCUACCCAUCUGAGUACCUCGAGGCUACCUCGUAUCUGCGCGCCGUGAUGGCCGCCAACGAGAUGUCCGAGCGGGCGCUCAAGCUAACGGAAGAUAUCAUCUCCAUGAACCCAGCCCAUUAUACCGUAUGGAUCUACCGGGCCAAAAUUGUCUUUGCUCUUGAAAAGGAUCUCAUCGAGGAGCUCGAAUGGCUGAAUCGGAUAUCCCUGAAGUUUCUCAAAAAUUACCAGAUCUGGCAACACCGUCAGGUCUUAAUGGCAUCCAAGACCCAUUUCCCAACUCUGCCGCCCAAGGAGCUAGACUUCCUGAUGGACAUGUUCGCCCAGGAUUCCAAGAACUACCACGUCUGGACCUACCGCCACUGGCUCGUCCGCCGGUUCCAGCUCUGGGACACACCGCGGGAAACCCAAGACGUGGAGAGUCUGCUGACGUCCGACGUGCGUAACAACUCCGCGUGGAACCACCGAUUCAUGCUGCGAUUCGGCCCGCGCGCCGACGAGCACGACGCCGGCAUGCCUAAUAGCAACGGGACUCCCGCCGAGAAGGGCAAGCUGGCCGUCGUCGAUGAGGACCUUGUCGAUGCGGAGCUGGAAUACGCCAAGUCGAAGAUCCUGCUUGCCCCGGAGAACCGCAGUCCGUGGUCCUAUGCGCGCGGGGUCCUCCGGGCCUCGGGCCGUCCGCUGUCCGAGUGGAAGGACUUCGCGCAGAGGCUCGUCACGGAUAAAGUGGAGGAUGGGCAGCUGGUGGACGUGGAGGUUAAAAGUAGUCAUGCGCUUGAGUGGCUGGCGGAUGUGUAUGCGGAGGACGGCGAGCCGUCGACGGAAGCCGUGCGGAUGCUUACGCUGCUGAAGGAGAAGUACGAUCCCAUUCGGAAAAACUACUGGGACUAUCGGAUCAAGACGAUUACAGCUCCUGCGGCGGUGGCGGCUUGAAAGUUGUACGUAAGUACUCUUAGUGGACAACAGACAACCUUGGCACCCUUUGGGAAUAAUCACUUUCAUAACG